GUCACUCCCAACUCACAAAACCUAAUUAACAUCGAAUAGCCAUGGUCCCAAGCUUUUACUCACUUUACUGGAUCCAUGGGAAAUGUGAAAGGUUUGAACCUGUUAACUGUUGUUAUGCAUGAUAAUCAAGUGUACACUGGGUGGGAGUGGGAACACCGAGAUAGGAUUUGGCAACUACAAGGGAGGAUAGGAGAGAGAAUUAGUAUAGGCUGUCGGAUGAUUAAUGGAACUGUUCAACACAAAGCAAAUCAAAUUACUGUUACAACAGACCAGGCAAGGUAUGGCAAGGUUUGCACGUCCCCUAGAGUACAGGAUUGUUGGUAUGAUUUUUUCUUAACACAAACUAUAGAAGUAGUUUGUCUUUGGGCCAACGAUGAUGAUGGGCUCUCUGUAAAGUUUAAAAUAAAUGCUGUAGCUCAACCUGUUACUGUCAGCCCUAGCACUCAAGCAAAACCACCAGUUGCACUAAGCCCAAAAAUCUUCAAAAUUGGACCAUAUAUAAUCAGGAAAACGGGCCAACAACAAUUAUUGUUCAAUCCGACAUGGUCUCUUAAACAAGUUAAGUUAUUGGUGCAAACUAACGUCUCUGAAAUUCAGCCUGCUUGUUCACCUUUCCUGCAAACUUCUUUUGAAGGAUGGACGACAUGGUUGAGAAGGCGCAGCCCCCCUGAAAGGCGCGUGCCAAGAGACGUCACCGGUGCCAUAGGAACAGGAUUGGGAAUCUUGAACAGCAUUGACUCAGAGGUAUUAAUGAACAAAUUAGCUGCCUCAGCCAGAGAUUUGGCUAAAUUACAGCACCCUCUACGGUCGUCCUUAUUGGCUUUAGGAACGACUCAAUGGCUUUUGUCCAACAUAUUGCCUAAUUGGGAAAACGUAAACACAGACGAUCACAAUUUGAUAAUUGAUGCACUUAAUGUUACUCAAAACAAUAUCUCUCUGGCUCUCAGCUGUGUCCAAGCUCAAUUGUGGAUGCAGUCGGUCGCUGCCUCGAUCAUAAGAGAAGGCGAAGAAGGCAUUUUCCCCACUGAAAUUCGGAAAAUAAUUUGGGAUAAUGCCAAUGAUUUUGAAAAAGAUUUCCAAUCCUGGUGGAACUUAGUGAAUUUCACUUACAAUUCAGUAACAAAUACAGCUACAGCUUUUGUGUUAACUAUUAGCAAUGCUUCAGUGUACACAAUUUUCCCCAUCAUUGCAUCAGGACUGAACCCAGACGGAGCUACUCUCUACCCUCUCGAGCAUAGGGAGUGGGCCCAUCAAGUCGAUAAAAAAUGGCAAACUGUUAACUUAGAGUCCUGCAUCGUCCGAGAACAACAAGGCUUUAUCUGUGAAAGUAACGCAAUCGCAGCACGGGACAUUUGCUUAGAUACAGAGCAGAAUAUCUGUCACUUUGAAAUACACCCUAAUGAAACUUCUGAAACAGUUCUUGUGUAUAUAGGCAAUGGAUGUGCAUGCUUUAGGACUGCUUGUGAUGUAGUAACCAUAGAGAACGUUAUACUAGAAACUAAAAAUCAUUCGAAUUUUUGUGCUUGUAACUUUACCAAAAUAACAUCCUGUGAUUUCUCAUACUCAGCUCCAGUUACAUCUUACCAGCUUCUGCAAUCUAACUACACACUGAUCCACAAGCUAUGGCCUACACCGAUUGGUAUGAAUCUUACUUUAACAAAACAAUUCUUGCUCCACCAAGAUCUAAUUAGGAUUUUAAGGAAAAUUAAGAAAAACGGACAAAAGACUCUGAUAACUGUCCAUCACAAUGUGGAAGAAAUCCAUCGUGUUCUGGAAAGGCAUUCUCAUUCUUUCUGAACUGGAGAGUGAUGAAAGAGCUGAAACGACUAGACUCUGUAAUGUAUGCACACAAUCUGGUGUACAUACCUCCCCCGAUAGAUAUACUCAGAGAUAAUACACGUAUUUAGAGAUGUUGA